AUGUCGACUUCUGAUCCGCAUCGACAUCCGCACGACAUGGCGUUGGACCUCGGUGACCUCACUCAUUUGCUGCCGACGAAUUAUAAGCAGACGAUUAGAAAUUGGUUGGAAGAGGAUUGUCCGUCGUUUGAUUAUGGCGGAUUCGUAGUUGGAGAGGAAGAAUCGGUGGCGACUCUUUAUGGGAAAACAGCUGGUGUUCUAGCUGGUGUACCCUUUUUCAAUGAAGUAUUUUCGCAAUUGGGGUGUUCUGUAGAAUGGCAUUUACAUGAGGGCGAGUUUUUUGAACCGGUUAAGCAGGUUGCAACCGUCCGAGGCCCCGCAAGGAAGCUACUUCUCGGUGAGCGAGUUGCAUUGAAUACUCUAGCUCGAUGCUCGGGUAUUGCCACCAGAUCCCGCCUGAUGCUUCGGAUAGUUAGGAAGGCAGGCUACCAAGGUAUCUUGGCUGGUACAAGAAAGACCACUCCAGGAUUCAGAUUGGUUGAAAAAUACGGAAUGCUGGUCGGUGGUGUCGAUGCGCACAGAUAUGACCUUAGCAGCAUGAUCAUGUUGAAAGAUAACCAUAUUUGGUCAAAGGGUUCUAUAACAAGAGCCGUCCAGGCUGCCCGUGCUGUGGGAGGUUUCGCAGUCAAGAUCGAGGUCGAAGUCCAAUCCGAAGCCGAGGCGGAUGAGGCCAUUGCUGCGGGCGCAGAUAUUGUCAUGUUGGACAACUUUGGAAGCGACGGAAUCAAGAUUGCUGCAAAGAACUUGAAGGCCAGGUGGACAGGGAAGUCGAAUGUUCUAUUGGAAUGCAGUGGUGGACUGACAUUGGAUAACGUGGAGCAGUAUAUCUGUCAAGACAUUGAUAUCAUCUCUACAAGCUCGAUACACCAGAGCGUUCAACAUGUUGACUUCAGCUUAAAACUCCCUCGAAGUGCAUCCACAACAGAGUAA